AUGGAAGGGUUGUGCAAGAACAAGAUCUCAUUAGCCCUACUUUUAAUUUGCCUAAUAGGGUUAGCCCGUGCCCAAAACGCCCCAGAUGACUACGUGAAAGCCCACAACGCGGCUCGAGCGGCGGUUGGCCUCGACACCUUGGACUGGGAUGAAGGCCUAGCAGAUUCUGCGAAAAACUAUGCGAACCAACGUGCCGGCGACUGCGACCUUGUGCACUCGAAUUCAGGCCCUGGUGAAAACCUUGCAAUGAGCCCGGACGGAGACUUGACGGCGAAAUUGGCUGUGGACCAAUGGGUGGCGGAGAAGGCCGAUUAUGAUUACAAGACCAACACCUGCGCCCCUGGGAAGCAGUGUGGCCAUUAUACGCAGGUCGUUUGGCGUGACACGGGGCUUGUUGGGUGCGCCAAAGUCCAGUGCGCCUAUGGAGGUUCCUAUGUCGUUUGCCACUAUGAUCCUGCAGGCAACUCUGUUGGGGAGAAGCCUUACUAA